AUGUGGGUGCUGCGAUGCAGCUCAGGCUGCCUAUUGCUUCUUGCCUUCCGGCGCUGCUAUCUUCCCGUGAUUGCUUGGAGGAAGCGGCCAGAGGCACCGGCCUAUUCCGUCUUGUGGCCGGUGCCAGACCGAGACCCGGAGCAGCGAAACUACAAGGUACACCAUCGCCAUCAGGCCUUCAGCGACGUCUUUGCGGAGAAGCUGCCAGAGGUCCUGAAGACAGGAAAGAAAGCUACGGUGGCUGCCUUGCUGGAGAUACGCGGGGGCGAUCUAAUGGAAGCCGCCAUACCAACUGCCGCUGAAUUGCAGAAGCUGGCCUUCAUCUAUGCAGCUCGAGAGGGCAGCACGGAGGCGGUUGCAGCCUUGCUAUUGGCCGCUGGCCAGCAUCUGCUGACGGAGGUCGAUGAUGCUCCCUGGGAUGAGGAGGAUUUGGUGACAUGCAACGCCAAACUUGAUGAUGCUCCUCGGGGAACAGCUCUUCUGGGAGCGGCGCAGUAUGGCCAGGGUGAGGUUGUCCAGAAACUGCUUGACUGGGGUGCCGACGUAAACCAGAUGCAGAUAGACACCGAUGCGACUGCUUUGACCCUGGCUGCACAGAGGGGCUGGCUAGAGGUCGCGUCCAUACUCCUGGAAAAUGGGGCGGACAUGGAGGCACGCGACAUGACCGGCCGAACUCCUUUGAGCUGGGCAUCUGAGAAGGGGCAGCUGCACAUCGUUGAGGAGCUGUUGGAGAGAAACGCCCACAUCGACCUUCCGGACCGCAAGGGCAUGACUCCGCUGAUGCAUGCUUCGAUUGUCGGGCAGGUUGCCGUGGCCCAGAAGCUUGUUGAGUUCAAUGCCAACAUUCGUGCUGUCGACAAAGAAGGCAAGACAGCAGCUGCACAUGCUACCAUCUAUGAUACUGAUAAGAUGGGCUUGCAGCAAAAGAAGCAGAAGAUCUUGGACAUGUUCCAGAUUCGGGAGAAGGAGCUGGAGAUGCGCGAAGCGAGAGAGAAGGAAGCCGAGGAGAUGGCGUCCAUGGCAUCGGCCGGCUUGGGUGAGGAUGAUUCCCCACUUGCAGCUUCGCAGUAG